GAGUGCGUCAUGACGCCGAGCUGUCAGUAGGUGACCCCGCUUCGGGGCGGCGAGGGGAGGGGAGGGCGCGCGCACCGGGCUCUACAUCCGGGCGCUCGGCGACGAAAACUGAUGCAAUUUUGAUUUCUGCUGGGAACAAGAAUCUGGGUUAGAUGCGGCUUGGGUCUUGUUCAGAAGGUUUCUAGAUGGAGUAUGAGUGACAAGGACUUGGACUGUGGCAUAUUUCUGAGGUGAGGCACAGUAACAGGCAAGGUCCCCACAAUGCCUGGAAUGGUGAUCUUUGGGAGGCGCUGGGCCAUUGGCAGCGAUGACUUUGUCUUUCCAGGAGCCUUCGAGCUUUUCAUCAGAGUGAGCUGGUGGAUUGGUAUUCUGGUUUUGUAUGCGAUGCACAAAGCGCAAUUGGAGUGUCCUGGUGGAAGAUUGUUGCAUAGUUACCUUCUGGUCCUCCUCGUUCUCCUAGCAGCCAUUAUAUGUUCUUUAUCUUCUAUUGUGUAUAUCAGCAUGCAAGGAACAAUUUCCAAUCCUGGACCGAGGAAGUCCCUUCCUAAAUUGCUCUACCUGCGCCUGGCCCUCUUCUUGCCUGAGCUGAUCUGGGCUGUCGUAGGGGCCAUUUGGGUGUCGGACCACCACAUCGAUUGUGACAGGACGGUGAUCAACGCCAUAUUAGGGACAGUGAUCGCCAGCUGGAUCAUCAUCGUCUUCACCGUUGUGGCGGUUGUCCUCGUCUUUGAUCCACUGGGCGGGAAAAGGACGCUGUAUCUUUCCGGUUGUCCCAGUCGCAACUUGGAGAGCAGCCAGUCAGACCAGCUGUUCUACAAUGUCAAGAAGACAGCCACCCGAGUCUGGGAGAAAAGGAUUCGGUUACUGUGUUGUUGCAUCGUACAAAAUGACGACCACAGAGUUGCUUUCACCAGCAUCGCUGAGCUCUUCCGUGACUACUUCUCAGACACUGACCUGGUGCCCAGUGACGUAGCCGCAGGUCUGACUCUGCUCCACCAGGAGCAAGACAAGGUGGAAAAUUGCCCUAAAGAGCCCGAGGAGGUGUUGACUCAAUCCCCGCUGUCCCCUGCGGCUGAUGAUCUGGAUGCCGAGAUAGAAAACGCUGCUCACUACAUGAAGUUUGCCGUAGCUGCUUACGGCUGGCCGUAUUACAUCAUGACCAAUCCUUUCACAGGGCUGUGUAAGCUUAAAGGCGACUGUUGUAAAAACAGCCCCGUGGAGACAGAUAUCAUCGGGAGCGACCGUCUGAACAUGAACUUUGGAUCCAUCUUACAAAUAACAGGACUGCAGUACAGAGACUUCAUCCACAUCAGCUUCCACAAUAGAAUUUUCGAGGUCCCGUUCUUUGUCGCGUUAGACCACAAGAAAGAGUCUAUCGUGGUUGCUGUGAGAGGAACUUUGUCCUUUGAGGACGUCCUCACGGAUCUCUCGGCAGAUUGUGAAAGCAUCACUUUAGAAGAUAUUCUGGAGAAUGGUCUUGUGCACAAGGGGAUAACCCAGGCUGCCAACUACAUCUACAGAAGACUAAUAAACGACGGGAUUUUGAAUCAAGCCUUCACCAUUGCACCCGAAUAUAAGCUGGUGGUAACCGGCCACAGCUUAGGAGGAGGAACAGCCUCCAUACUGGCUGUCAUGCUCAAAAAUGCUUUCCCGUCGCUGAGAUGUUAUGCCUUUUCUCCACCAGGGGGUUUACUAAGCAAAUCACUUGCAGAUUACACUAAGCAAUUUAUCGUCUCAGUCACCGUUGGAAAGGACGUCGUCCCAAGGUUAAGCAUGCCCAAUAUGGAAGAUCUGAAGAGAAGGAUCGUUCGAAUAGUUGCCAACUGUCACAGGCCCAAGUACCAGAUCCUGCUGCAUGGAUGCUGGUAUGAAGUGUUCGGAGGAGACCCUGAUAACUCCCCCACUGAACUGGAUGGCAGAAACCAGCAUUCUCUGGCACAGCCUCUCCUCGCCGAAGAGAGUCUCAUGGGCCAUCGAUCACCUUCGUACACUUCCCUGGCAGAGGAUGAGUCGCCACUCGAUUCUCCUCGGUAUACUCCCUUGUUCCUCCCGGGCAGAAUCAUCCACAUCGUAGAAGAAAACAGCCCACGGAGAUGGUGCUCCUCAGACGUCAAGUACAGCGCCAGCUGGUCCAAAGAAACUGCCUUCGGCAACAUUUUAAUAAGUCCGAAAAUGCUAACGGAUCACAUGCCGGAUGUUGUGCUCAAAGCUCUGAACAGCUUGGCUCAGGAAAGCGUCUCUUGCGUUUCCUGUCAGCCACCAGGAGACUUCUCUACGAACAUUGUAUAAUCGCAGCCGUAGGAGGACGGCGGCAGCGGGUUGCCUGCUGCUUCCCCACCCACCCACCCACCCCCAGUGUUCACAAGGCCUGCUGUUUUGUAUUCUCAUCUUCGAUCAUGCCUCAACUAGAACCUGGGGGCACCGUCUGUGCGAUUUCAGGCUGCGAGAGAAAACGCCUUGUGCAGCAGAGGCGAUUCUGAUUGCCCAGCUUUCUGGGUAGUUUCUCCAUGAAGCAGCAGUGAAUCCGGCCUGUGACGUCAAAGGUGCGGCAGGGUGGCGGCUGAACCAAAUAGCUUGACAGAGGAGAGAUACAGAUGGCGGUUAGAGUGAGUAACCAUAUCCCCGAGCUUUAGGUCUAUUUCCGCCACUCAUGUGUGUAAAUUCCCAAUAGAAGGGGUGACUGGGGGAACAAAGUGUUAAGUUGAAGACAUAUAUCUCACAGGUGGAUAGGAGGAGGAGCUAAGAGAGAUACGGUUUGCACUCAAUUGUUGCACUAUAGCGAAACUGCGGACGUUUGAUUUUCCUUCCUGCUGAAGUAUGUUGUAGAUACCUCUCUUGGGCUUAAAACGCUGUGUCGAUACCCAUGCAAUGCUCUUGUUUACACUAUCAACCCUGUGGAAUGUAUAAAGAGUUCAAAUACCUGCUUGGUUCUUGACGAUAGGAGUCGUAGAAUCAUAGAGUUGGGAGAGACCCCAAGGGCCAGCCAGUCCAACCCCCUGUAAUGCUGUGUUUAGCUUUCUGCAGCAGGAUAGCCUGAAAAACAAGGGGUUGAACUGACCCUGUACCUGAAGUAUUUUGCUAUCUUUAAAUCUCACUGAAGACUAAAAGGUGGCACAGUUAUCCAUUAAGCAGGAAACCUCAGACAUUUCUGCUAUGGCCUCUUCUUUCUGCGUGCACUCAGCACCUUGCAGGUGGAAAGAUUUUUUCCACAUUCCACCAGAUGACUGCUUCCUUGUAAAUUACAAACUCAGCAUAGCCUGCCAGAGUCUAUGGUGAAACCAGUUCCUCGUGUUAAUGUCAAAGCAGUGACGACCAUCUGAGUCUGUUGUAGCACAAUUACAAAGGAGGUAAAGUAGAACUUUAAAGACUUAACAAAAUUGGGUCUCUAAGGUGCUUUUUGAGUCCUGUUUUCAGUUUUCACGCGGUGGCAUUAUAGCGCGUUCUGCCAUCUCAGGCUGCUGUAGAGGCAGGCAAGCAAAAAUAUUUCCUGAUGGGCCAUUGAGCAAGAAGGAAGCGGCAGGGCAGGAGGGAAAGACUUCUGGGAUUGGAUAUUCUCAUUUAUUUUGAGCCCCAAGUGCAGCGUGGUGUAGUGGUUAAGAGCAGGUGGAUUCUAACCUGGAGAACCAGGUUUCAUUCUCCACCUGAAUGGCAGAGGCUUAGCUGGUAAACCAGAUGUGUUUCCGCACUCCUACAUUCCUG